UGGGAAGUGCUCGAAAAAAAAGUUUGAGAGGCGAGGGCAACUUCUGUUAUCUCUUGCGUCCGAGAAACUUAUUUCUUCGCCGCAACUCCCUUCAUUUGUUAUUUCUUCAUUUCCAUACAUACCUCUAUCACUCCCAAUAUGAGUGGAACCGAGGUCGCCAACGCUUCUGGCGUCAUUACCAGCAGCGCCGAACGUAUGGUUGGCGCUGAGCACGCUGAGGUGCGCUACUUCACCAGCUAUGAUCACCACGGUAUUCACGAGGAGAUGCUGAAAGAUGAUGUCCGUACACGAUCCUACCGUGAUUCUAUCUACCAGAACCGCCACAUCUUCAAGGACAAGGUCGUCCUCGAUGUCGGCUGCGGUACCGGCAUUCUUAGCAUGUUCGCUGCCCGUGCCGGUGCCAAGCAUGUGAUCGGUGUCGACAUGUCUUCGAUUAUUGAGAAGGCCAAGGAGAUCGUUGCAGUCAACGGUCUCAGCGACAAGGUCACUCUCCUGCAGGGCAAGAUGGAGGAGGUCAAGCUUCCCUUCCCCAAGGUUGACAUUAUCAUCUCCGAGUGGAUGGGUUACUUCCUUCUCUACGAGUCCAUGUUGGACACCGUUCUGUAUGCCCGUGACACCUAUCUCGUCGAAGGCGGAAAGAUCUUCCCCGAUAAGGCCACCAUGUACGUGGCUGCUAUCGAGGAUGGCGAGUACAAGGACGACAAGAUCGGAUUCUGGGACAACGUCUAUGGCUUCAACUACAGCCCCAUGAAGGAGAUUGCUCUGACUGAGCCCCUGGUCGACACCGUCGAGAUGAAGGCUCUGGUCACCGAGCCUUGUGAGAUUAUCACCUUCGACCUCAACACGGUCACUACCGCCGACCUUGCCUUCAAGGUGCCGUACAAGGUCACCGCCACGCGUCCCGACUUCAUCCACGCUCUCAUUGCCUGGUUCGACAUCGACUUCAGCGCCUGCCACAAGCCCAUUCACUUCUCCACUGGCCCUCACGCCAAGUACACACACUGGAAGCAGACCGUCUUCUACCUGCGCGAUGUUCUCACCGUGGAGGAGGGUGAGACCGUCUCCGGUGUUUUGGAGAACCGCCCCAACGACAAGAACAAGCGUGAUCUGGAUAUCAACAUCUCCUAUAAGUUCGAUGUUGAAGACCCUACUCGCUCUGCCGAGGGCAGCUGCUUCUACCGGAUGUGCUAAUUUUCCUUUGAAUUUUCUGUCUUGUUCAACAACGAUCUCUUCGACAAUUUAUGCACGUAAUUUCGGGGACAUCAUUCGGCACCAAAUGCACCGCAGCAUAGCAUGGGCAACUCAGGAUUUGCACAGAGCGAUUCGACAUGGUUCCGAUCUCGCUUUCAGUUUUCUAUCUUAUCGGCGUUAGAUAUUUUGGAUGUUUUUGGGUGGCAGGUAAAAGGCAUUACUACAUGGCGCGAUACGGAGAGGUGAUUAUGAAGCUCCUCGAAUUUCUAAGUAGAUACCCCGAGUCGAUGCUUAGUCUAGCAACUCCGACGCUCUUUCUCAUGUCCAUUUUCAAAUUUUUU